AAUCUUUCGGAAAACUCGAAUAAUUUCGCUGUUGUCGGUUAAGUAACUCUCGUGUCAAAAUGUCGUCGUAAAACAAGUUUUUACACAAGAGAGUGACCAAUGAUUGCGGCAUCUCAUGUUGCUCUCCUAGAGACAAAUGAACAGCAACAAUGUCGAAAUCAGCAUCACGGCCAAGUUUCCUUCAGUCCAUUUCAAGAACUCUUGUAUCCGUAGAGUUGAUAACGGAUAUGAGACCAUCACGGUCCCAACGACAAGCAUCUCGAAGGGUUAUACUCAAAGCGAGUAUAACGUCAGUGAUUCUGUUGUCAAUUGCUUUCAUAAUCACAUACAGUGUGAUAUUGACGUAUGUUAGCAAUAAAGUUCCAUUGAUGAGGCACCAAGAUUCAUCAUCCUCAGAAAAGUCCAAGUCCGGAAAGAGAACUAAGCUUGUUGCCCGCCCAUUGGGAGUGUUGAAUAAAGAAGAUGUGCUCAAAUUUGUAAAAAGUAAUGUUGUGAAAUGGAAUGUUAAAGAUUACAAUGAUGUAACUAGUAAAAAGCCUGUUUGUGAGAAAGAUAGUAAAGUUGUUAUACUCAUUACCUCAGCACCAGAUAAUUUAAGCCGAAGACAAUCGAUACGUAAUACAUGGUGCAGUCCCCAGCAGUUCAACUUCACCCGGACUCCUUGGCUGUGUGUAUUUCUCUUGGGAAAUGUUGUGAAUAGAUCUGAAUCGCUUGCUUCAGAAUCUCUUUUAUAUCAUGAUAUUCUUUUAGGCAGCUAUGUUGAUUCUUACCGGAAUCUUACAAUAAAGAUUAUGCAUGGUUUGGACUGGGUCCGACAGUCGUGUCCGACAGAUUUUGUUUUGAAAACAGAUGAUGAUGUGUAUGUGAAUACUUUACUGCUACAUACUCUGGUGACGAAUUAUACUCAACCAAAAAACAUGUACAUAGGGCUAGUUAUGCAGACUGAAAGUCGCCUUACUGUGAUACGUAAUCCAGAUAACCGGUGGCAUGUAUCAAUGGAUGAAUAUCCACACGACCAUUACCCACCGUAUGCAAGUGGGAUGGGCUACGUUCUCUCAUUAGAUGUUGUAAACAAAAUUGUGGAUGCCAGUCAAUAUAUAUCCCCGUUUGCCAACGAGGACGCAUAUGUUGGUGUUCUAAUCAACCAAGUGGGUGUGUCUCCAUUGAGAAGUGGUAGAUUUACUCUAACUGGCUCAGGCUUACGGAAGUGUAAUUUGUUGUACCUCGUGGUUAUACAUCACGUAUCGGCUGAAGAACAGUAUGAUUUCCUACAAACACACAAUGAAGCUUUACAAACGUGCCAUCACACAAUGGAAGUGACAGAAAACAUGUGGUCCUAGCAGUAUUCUGGAGGUUAUAGGAAGAUUUGUUUUAUAUGUGGAGUCUUGUAUACCAAGCUUUAAUGCUGAAGCUGGAUUGUCAAAGGAACUCACCUUCCAUGUCAAGCUAUCAGUUUACAAGAAAUGUCCUGCUUCUAGAACCUGGGAGAUAGGCUGCUAGAGGCUGCUUUUCCUUCAACUGCAGUGAGGAUUUCAAACAUUCCAGUGACUCAGACUUCAACUGUCAAGCUUUUAACUAACAAGACUAGCCAAUGCUGUGGUAUGAAAUUUAAGCCAAAGAGGGUUUAUACUGUAGGGAAAAUCUUUUGCAGGAAUAGUCAUUAUUGUGAGCAUGAUUUGUAUGCUUCAUACUGCAAAUUUAUGAAAUAUGUAUCUGUUAAAAAAGUGCAUUAUUAUUAGGCAGAGUUAGACUUAAAGCAAUGGCUCGCAUAAUGAUAUUGUUUAAAUUUAAAAUUUAAAAUAUAACAUGUCAUGUACUAGCCAAGUGUCAUGAUGUAUGGCAUUUCUGGGAAUGCUGUAGAAUGUAUAUAUAUAUUGAAGCCAGAGUUCAUAAAAGUAAAGUAAUUUUGUCAUCUCAUUAAAAAACAAACAAGGGCUUCCCUAAAGAAAGUUAAAAAGCAUGGUACUUUCUAAAAAUAUUUUUAGGCACUAGUUUUAAUUUUACAUUUAAUGCUGUGCUUUCAGUUAUUCUUAAAUAAAAUGCCUCAUUCAAAUCCACUUGUGGAACUGUCUUGAUUGAGUUGCAAAUAUUUUCAAAAGAUAUGUCUCAUUUUCAAGAGACUUGAGUUUCCAUGCUUGGUAUAAAAACUAUACACUGAGUCACAAAAUUGAAGGUUAGGUAGUCAAUACCACCAUUUUCAAAUUUUAUUGGAAGUCCCUGACAAACGCAGCAUUUAUGAAAAAAUAUUUUGUCAAUAUUUGCCAACCAAACUGGAAUUACCAAGAUUAUUUGUUUCAUUGUUUUUUAGUCUUGAAGGUUUUUUUGAACUGUAAGUCAGCAGCUAAUUGUAUUGAAAUAUAUUUUGUUAUAAAUUAUUUUCAGUUUUAAAGAACAAACUGACAAAGUUGUUAUUACAUUUUCGUUCAUUACAUUACAAUUAACAUGCUUCUUGAAGUUCAUCCAUUUUGUGUUCAUUUCGUUUUUUUAAAAAUCGUUAUAUUUCUCUUUGAUUUGUUUACUUACUUUGGUUUUAGUCUUGGGACCUUUUUCUAGUUACCGUAGGUCAACUAGUUAGGUCAACUGUAAGAUUCACAGCUAUUUUGUUCAUAACUUUUGCAGGCUUAGCAAUAAGCAUGAAAUAAUAAUUGCAGAAUAGCAUGCUACAUAUAAUGUACAAGUUUCAUAAAUAAAUCAUAAACAAAUAGUUUAAGACAUCCUUUGAGAUGUUUGGAACAACCUGAUCCUGUUUCAAGUACCAUAGAUUUUAAAAUGUUCAUAAUUAAAGCUUAUUGUAAUAUUCAGUGGGGUCAUUUCCAUUCAUAGCAAACAGAGCAGAACAAUCUUAACUACUGGAAGGUUAAAGAAUUAGAACAAACUGUCUUCUGAAAUUUGCUAUUGGUAUUGAAGUAAUAGAAUGAAUAUUCUUCUGAGGGUUUAACAUAUGAAGAUAUUUUUUCUGUUUGAAUGGAUAAGAUAACAUGAAUGAAAAACAAACGAUCUGUAUUAAAAGAACUAUUUGCUGUCAUCAAACUUGAGAUUUCUUUGAAAUGAAUGAGCCGAAAUAGAAAUUAUUCAUUCUGAUAAAGAUUCUAACCCAGAAACCUGCAUGAUAAAUCCCUGAAUUUAUACAACCAUGGGCUUGAUUGGGGCUUGCUGUCUUGCUGAAUUCAAUCACUCAAGAACAGGCGGAGGAUGUACGAUAUGCAGUUGAGCUACACACUCAAUAUCACCUUCACUUAUUAUGCAAAAUGUAUCCUUCCAUGCUUUCUUAUUAAUCAAGAGUCAUAGGGCAACCAUGGGUGCAAAGUACAUAUACUAGAAGAAAAAGUAACAUUGUAUGUCUUAAAGUAACCUAAAGAAUUUGGCUGACAAUUUGUUGUUCACCUCAAUAUCUACCAUAACCAGGGCUUUUUCUAUAGUACCCACGGGUCUGACUAUUGGACCCAUUCCCAAAGCAAAAUAUAAGAUAUUUUUCCCAAUCUUCUGAACCCCCCCCCCCCCAAAAAAAAAAAUAAAAAAAAAAUAUAUAUAUAUAUAUAUAUUUUUUUUUUUUUUGUUAUUUUUUUUUUGUUAGGGAGUCUUUUUACCAGUACUGGUUCAUUUUCAACAUCCUAAUAAAUUAUGUGAUGUAAAGUUUGUUUGGUAAUUGAACUUGAUUUAUUGCAAUAGAUAUUACACCCCAAGGAUUGAUAUUUUUUGGGUCUUUUAAAGGGAAAAUAAACUAAUAUUAAAUCAUUACCUAAUCGCAGGAGACUAGACGAUGUUGUUUUUUUUAACUGUAAAAUUUACAAAUUUUGGCAUUUUCACAAUGCAAAAUUUCCCAAAAUGUCUAGGGUCCUGAUAACAAUGCAACUUUGAUAUAGAGGCAUACUUCAUCUUGACAUGUAACCAUUCAAGAUUAUAAGUAUCUAUCAUGUGUUUCUGGUACGGAUAGAAAAAUCCGACGCGAGGGCACGUGCGUAAGCCGGUAACGAGGCUUGCCGAGUUACCGGCCACGCAGCGUGCCUGAGGGUCGGAUUUUUCGAUCUGGACCGGAAAUACAUGAUUGAUAUUUUUUCUUGCAUAUCUAAAUUUAUCAAUUUGUGGAAAAAAUUACGUUGAAAACGAACUUUUGUACAAUUACACCAAAAAGCGUGUGCGACGUUGUUUACUGACGUCAUAGAGCGGAGUAAUUUUAAGUAACUAAAAAUAGCGUAUUAUACGAUUAUUUAUUUUCAAUUUUAAUUAAAAGUCUUGCAAACAAAUAUAUUUCAUUGCGCUUUAUUGAAAUGGCAUAAUAUAUUUUUUAUAAACCAUACAAUGAUAUGAAAUAAGAAGUGGCGCGCUGUUGCGCGUGACUCAUCUUACAUGGGGCAUGUAAGAUGUUUUUUUCCAGCACUGGUCACAUGACCGGAAACACACGUCCGGUAUGCAAGAAAUUUAAUGGAACUUGAUACAUUAUGCCCCUUUCUUAACUGAAAAACAAAAACAUACGAACUGCUCUCUUGUUCAGAAUUACAUCUUUUUUUAAUGCUGUAUCAUGAGUUAUUAAAGACCUGGUCAGUUUUACAUAAAGUUAUUCUAUUCCGCUGAUAUAUGUUUGUCUGUAUAUUAUAGUGUUGUGUUCAUUGUAUUUUUAUUGUUGUUACUAUAUGUUUUAAAUUUCCUGAUAGUGCUAAAGUAAGUGUCCUAUUUGUAAGAAAGUUCUAUGUACUAAAUCCGUUUUGUAUACAUGUAAUAAAUGUUGAUAGUAAUUUUCUUGCGCUUAAAUGUGCUAGAAUUCAACUGCCUUCAUUUUGCUUAUAACUCAAAUAUUGGGUAUGGACCUUGUUCGGCGAAGAAUUUAUAAUCCAUUGAAUAUUCAUUUGUUUGCCGAUUACAAGUUGCAUGUACUUACAAUUUCUAUUUUUAUGCCCUCGAAGGUGGGCAUAUUAAAAUCGCACCGUCCGUCCGUCCGUCUGGCUCUGUAACUUGCCCUUGUAUGGACAGAUUUUAUAAUAACUUGCCACAUGUGUUCCACAUACCAAGACGAUGUGUGGCGUGCAAGACUCGUGUCCCUACCUCAAAGGUCAAGGUCACACUUAGUGUUUAUUCACAAUGGAGUGCUGCAUAUAAGGACAUAGAGUAUAGGUUGUCGUGUCCGGGCUGUAACUUUCUCUUGUAUGGACAGAUUUUAAAAUAACUUGCCGAAUGUGUACCACAUACCAAGACGACGUGUCUGGUGCAAGACCUGUGUCCCUACCUCAAAGGUCAAGGUCACACAUAGUGUUUAUUCACAAUGGAGUGCUGCAUAUAAGGACAUAGAGUAUAGGUUGUCGUGUCCGGGCUGUAACUUUCCCUUGUAUGGACAGAUUUUAAAAUAACUUGCCACAUGUGUUCCACAUACCAAGACGACGUGUCGGGUGCAAGACCCGUGUCCCUCCUUCAAAGGUCAAGGUCACACUUAGUGUUUAUUCACAAUGGAGUGCUGCAUAUAAGGACAUAGAGUAUAGGUUGUCGUGUCAGGGCUGUUACUUUCCCUUGUAUGGACAGAUUUUAAAAUCACUUGCUACAUGUGUUCCACAUACGAAGACGAUGUGUCGUGUGCAAGACCCAUGUCCCUACCUCUAAGGUGAAAGAUACACUAAGUGUUUAUUCACAAGGGAAUUCUGAAUAUAAGGACAUAACAGUGUAGGUUGUCAAGUAUGGGUGGUAUUUUUUUAUGUUCAGAAGCAAUUUAAAAUAACUUGCCAUAUGUAUUUGACACGUAAAGGCAAGAUCAACUUUUCAUGUACUGACCUUGUUCGUAGGUCAAUGUCACAUUCGGGGGCAUUCGUCACAUACUGUGACAGCUCUUGUUUUAAUAUGAUAUUUCAUAGUUACAUUAUUGUUUUUGUUUAAUAGUAAAAUAGUUAAAUGGCAGCGACUAAUAAUACCUGGAAUAAGGUUUUGUUAAUAUAAAUCAAUUCAUUAAAGUUAGCACUUGAAAUUUCAUGAUGCUUUAAAUUUUGUAAUAAUUUUAAAACAAGCAAAUAAUCAUGGGAAAAUGUUGAGAAAUGUUCAUGUUAUAUCCAUAUUUAGCAAUGUGGACUAUACAUGUAUUCACUACUCUGAUUUGAGCAAUAGACAUGUAGUAGAAAAUGUUAUAGUUAGGCUUGCAUAUACCAAGGUCAACUGACAUGGCAAAGACUCAACUGAUAAAUGCCAUGCUCUCACAUGUGUAGUCAUUUUGUAGACUCCAUAAACUGUUUUUGCUACGGUCUGAUAUCUUUGUUUUGCAAUAAUGAAGCUUUUAAGUGCUCACAUUUAUAUCAUAUGAUUUCAACUUUAGUUUUUGUUUUACUUUGUUCAUAUUGUUUGUAUGAUGUUAUAUGAUAGUCUUAGCAUUCAAUAUUUUGUUUGAUUGCAUUUUUGUGUGAAAUAUUGUGCAUUAGCUGUCCUUUUAAUUAAACCAGUAAAGAACUAAGCAAAAAUAAGAAAGAAAAUAUUAAUAGUAUGUAAUGAUAACUUAACGUUCCCUUGAAUGUGUAGUCAUUAAAAAGUUUCUCUUUAUUUAUUUUUACAAUUCAUUUACCAGUAGUAAAAUUCUAAUUUUAGAAAUAAAGGAUCAUUUGUUCUGGUAGAGUUUGUUAUGUGACAUUUAAUACUGAAUACUGACAUAUUUUUGCAUCAGAAAUACAAUUUCCCAAAUGAUCAAAGAAGAUAUUUUAGAUUACCAAUUAUAUUUUUACUGGUUACAUUUAACACUUAUGAAAUUAAA